ACACCUAGAUGAAUGAAAUGAAGUAAUCAGAUGAAAAAUGUUGAAAAAUGACCCUUGAUGAACUGAACGCCGCCAGCCAGCCAGACACCGGGAUUGUUUGUUUACCUUGUGCUCGCUUGCCACUUUUGAAGCCCGGCUACUGCCUUUUUAUCUUUUUUACCCAGAGUGAUGGCAGAGGCUACAGCCAAGGGUGCCUGCUCUCCACCCACUAAGAAGCAGCGCACAGAUGACUGCAGCGAUGCAGUGGACAGCACCACCGACCAGGGCUGUGUUGGGGACCGUGACCCACACUUCCUCACCAGCUUCAAGGACUUUGAGGUGGUGCGGAUCCUCAACAAUGAUGAGGAGCACAAGUCGGUGGUGGUGGAGUGUCAGAUCAAAGGCAAAGAAGGUGUUGCCGUGGCUCAGCUGCAGAAGCUGCCAUUUCAACGCACAGAAGCUUGGAGAUAUUCUCAGCAGUGGCACAACACUCAAGACACUCUUCCAGAAUGACAUCUACUACAACAAGACAGCCCUGGUGCCCCCUGAUCUUAAUGCCUUCUGCUCCCCCAACAGAGAUGAAAGCCACUAUUAUCUACCCUGCCGAGGAGAAACACCAUCCUGCGCUAUGAGAAGCAGCCAUCAUCGUUCAUCCAGGAGACGCCUCAGCUGUAACCGGGAAGUCACCAAGCGCUUCAUUGAAACGUCAUCCCUCGGCAAGGAGUGGAUCUACAACAUCCUGGACCACAAGAAGGAGGUGGACCGCAUUGUGUUUGAGGAUCCUGAUCCUGACACGGGCUUCAUCCUCCUGCCGGACCUCAAAUGGACUGGGGAGCAGAUGGAGGACCUCUACCUGCAGGCCAUCGUGCGACGUAGAGACAUCACCUGCCUCAGGGAGCUGGAUGCCUCACACCUGCCCCUGCUCAAGAACUUGCUGGAGAAAGGCUCAGCAGCCAUCAAAGAGAAGUACGGUAUUCCUGCUACAAAACUGAGAGUGUACCUCCAUUACCAGCCGUCCUUCUACCAUCUGCACGUCCACUUCUCUGCCCUCUCCUUUGAGGCUCCAGGGACCUGGGCAGGGAAAGCUCACUUGCUUUCCUCUGUCAUCAGCAACAUUGAGACCUGUUCAGACCACUACCAGAAAGUAACACUUCCAUACACUCUCAAGGAUAAUGCACCACUGAGUGCCAUGUUUAAAGCCCAUGGCUACUUCUCUGAAUAACAACUGUAAGUUUGCGGCACUACUGACUUCAUUUUGUAUUUUUCUAUUUGGUUGUUCUAUGUGUAAGUGUGAUUUUGUCCUGUGGGCAGAACCUUGCUGCUUGUGUGUGCAGAGGUGAUGUCAUGUUUUCAGAACCAGGAUUACCUGCACACUGAAAAUAAAGUAUAAGAAAAAUGGAAAUUACUGAGCAUUGAUGAUUUUUACAUUUGUAAUAGAUUCAUAUAUUUAUUUAUCUUAUUUUUAUGGAUUUAUUAUUCAGUAUAUUGUAUGUUUCUGAAUGGUCUUUUUGGAUAAUAAUAAUUUUUACAUAGGAAGACUUCUUUUUGAAGAUGUCAGAAGAAUGGGAAAAGUAUGUUGAAAUGAUGUGUACCUAUAGCAUCAUUGAUAAAGCAUCGUGAGGAAAGAAUGUGUGGUAAAACUGUGAGUAUGCAUAUCUGUAGCAAACUCUUUCAUUGUUGACAUGUUCUUAGUGAUUAGAAACUUGCACAUUUAGAACAUGUUUGUUAUAGUGAAAAGUCCAGAUCUGCAUAAGUUGAGCCACAGGUUUGUAUAUUGUAAUUAUGAGGUAAGUUGCACAAAUUGUGAAGAGAAAGAAUGAAAAUUGACAAGGAAAAACCAUGCACAAGGAGUAGGAUAGAGCUAGUGUGGGUCGGGUGCCUUGGGAUGGUGAAAGGAAGGGUGGAAUCACUACUUUGGGGAAUGUAGUAGGAUAACUAAACAAGGAAAGGCAAAAAUAAAAGCUUGUGCAAUAAUUUUUGCUUAUACAUCAUUAUUUUUUUUAGUUAUGUAUCAUAGUCUUAAAAUAACCAUGACAGUAAAAAAUUGCUAGCCAGAUAAUUGAAGACAUUCUUGUUGAAAGCCCAGAACUGAUAGCCAGAUAACUAAAUAAGCAUUGUUUUUGCCCAUUUCUCUGCAAAAUAAAGAAUGGGCUUUAUUGCUUUUUUUCAUUUAUUUAUUUUUUUUUACUACACCUGAGUGCCCUUUGCACCUAUGAUUGUUUGUCAUAAUUUCCUCUUUUCCUUUAUUUUUCAGUAAAUAUAAAAUUUUGU